AUGGAGACGGCACCAAAAGUAAUUUUACCUACCCAGGAGGGUCCCGGAAACGGGGAAUCCCUCACCGCGCCAUCGCAACCGGCCACGGCCGGAAGCGUGGCUGCGGUCUGCCCCACGUACUCUGGGGGGGGCAAGGUACCGCCUCGUGCUCAGCACGCCCAACGACCCAUUUGCUACUCCCAACGGACCGACGGACCCGCUUUAAAUGAACAUACCACCAUUCCAGAACAACGGACCCCACAAAUAAAGCCCACUCGACUAACCUUGACCGACACGAUGGACAAUACGAUAAACACCUCCUCCUUGGCUGCCGCACUCCCGCCUCCGAAUCUCGACUCUGCCUGGACCCAAGUGGUGCCCAGGCACAAAAGGCGGAAAAACAAAAACAAAAGACGAAAACGGACAAACAAACGAGUAGGGGAGGAAUUGAAUAGGCCAAUGGCAAGGACGGGCGGGGACACCCAGGUGACAGGUAAUAACCGGAUAGGGGGCUCAGAUGGUCCAAGUGGGACUGGGCUACAGUCGACAUCCGGCGGCAGCUCACCCGCGGUGAAUGUCGCUUCACGUCCGGGGACAAACCAUACCACGGGUGUGUUCCCAUCAAGACCGGCCAAAGGCAUUUUCAAUCCCAAUUCAAACGCACAAAGUCUAAACAUCCCCGCCCAACGUCGGACACACCCCGCCGCCUGCAAUUCUAGUGGGCGAAGUGGCGGUGAGGCCGACGGCAAGGGCGGGAACCCUGCGGCGUCGUCGUCGACGAGCCAGUCCGGCAAAAAGCGGGAUAGGCUUGACGAUACGAUCUCGCCCCGGGGACUUCAUAAACGGCAAAAAACGGAAAGACGCACAAGGGCUGGGGCGACGUACGCGAGUGUGGCGCAACCACAUCUUAGCGUCGCGAUCGCCCUACAACCAAAGAGCGAUCUUACAAACCAGGAGGCGGUGGGCAUCCAAAGCCAGAUCUCAAAAGAGAUAAUUGGAACCUGCCUACAAGACCCUAUACCGGGUCUGCCUCUUACCCAUGCACCAGUCUUCACAGGGAAGGCCAUCUUAAGUGAGGGCGUCCUAAAACUGUGGUGCAAGGAUGAACCUUCACUCCAGUGGCUACACGCAGUCGUCCCACGGCUGAAGUCACCACGGGAGAAUCACACUGUGGUCGUACAAAGGCAAUGCGACAUCCCAAGCCGGAUCAAGACGGCUCUUUAUGUGCCGGAUUACGACGGGGACAUUGGUACUCUGCACCGGGUCCUCAGCCGUCAAAACCCGGCCUACGAUGUAAAAUCAUGGUCUUUGUACAACUACAAGAGGACAAACAGCCGGCCUCCUGGAGUAUUCCUAGUUAUGGGAAUACCCCAGGAACAAAUCGAGAAAAUCCUCUCACAUGAGAGAAGGAUGGCCUACAUGACCGGCUCCAUUUAUCUCAGAUUCUUCCGGAAUGAAGAACUGAGUGAGAUACCACCAGGGUGGGACCUCCCUCCCGCCUCUAAGAUGGAGACCGAAACAACGGGAACAAAGGCAGCUGACUCAAAGACAGAGGCCUCUGUUACCAAAACCCCCGGUAAAAACAUCUCAGACAACACUGAACCCGACUUCACGGCACCCGGACCUAGUGCACCACCCUCCUCGGAUGGGACACCAUGGGAAGGAUGCCGUGAGUCGGAGGAAGUGAACUCUGAUGAUUCAGAUGGCUCCAUGGACCAUCUAAACAUCUUCAUCCAAGAGUGGGCCCCUGGGGCCCACCCAAACUGAUUCUCUUUUAGCGUUCAGUACCAUACAAGUGCUGCAGGCCAACCUCCAGCACAAAAUACUGGCUGUAGCGGCUCUACGGCGACAGCUGGAGGUCCACGCUGACA